AUGGCCUCGCACCACCACCUCCGACACCACCCCGCCGCCGCGAGCUAUUGCUGCUGCUGCCCUCCAUAUUCCUCGUGCCACCACCAUCCGCCUCCGCCUCCGCCGCCAGAUCAUCACCCAUUUUACCACCAGCCGCCCCAACCCUCCUCCCAAAUCCACCUCCCCGAUUCGCAUCAAUACCACACCCGUUUUCGAGAGCGUUAUCUCAUGGAGGAGAGAGAUACUCAAGCCACAAUCGCCUCCCUCCUCCGCCGCAUCGCCGCCCUUGAAUCCGCCCUCCGCGGCCGCUCUUCCGCUGCCACCUCGCGCUCCCUCCGCGACGCCGCCGCCCGCACCAUCCAGUCUCACUUCCGAGCCUUCCUCUUGCGCAGAUCGAGGACCCUCCGGCAGCUCAAGGAUCUCGCUUCAAUCAAAUCUGCGCUCGGCGUUCUCAAAUCGUCAGUUACCAAGCAAAUCCACUCCGAUUACGACUUAAUCUAUCAACAGGCCAUGGUUUUGGCUCUCGAACUUGAUACUGUUCAGGGUGGUGAUCCAAUGAUUCGAGAUGGGAAAAGUUUGGUGAAAAAGGACUUGAUCAAGUUUAUGGAUUUUCUCGAUGGAUUUUACGUCCGGCGGGUGAGCUCUUCAAGUGGAGUAAACAUGACAUUGGAAAGGCGCAAUUCGAACAUUAGGGUUCCCAAAGGUGGAAGAAAAAUGGUGAAUGUGAAAUCUGGGGAUGUGAAAAGUGUUACCAUGGAGAAAUUGAGGGGGCUCGUUGAAAGAAUUGAUAAAAUAGCAGAGGAGCUUGAUGAGGACGAAGAAAGUAAGGUUGUUGAAAGCCCUGAAGUCUUUAUGAAGAAGCAUUGCGUUUCUGGCAGCAAGAACAUGAAUUUAGCUAAGCAGCUUUAUGGGGUUCGACCCAAAGUGAAAAAAAGCGUGAGUUUUGCUGAUGAUGGGAAGUUCUACUGUGUGCUAGGGAGAAAUUCGGAGCCCAUUUUGAAUGAUGAUGAUGAUGAUGAUGAUGAUGAUGAUAGGGUUAAGUUGGUUAGUAGAGAUUUCGAGGAUAAUGAUGUUUGUCGAGAAGUUGAAGAAGAUGAAGUUUCUUUGAAGGAAGCUGAUGAUGAAGAAGAUGAAGAGGAAGCUCGAUUGGAAAAUGACAACAAUGCUGAAAAGACUACAUAUGAAGGUAACUUUGAGAGGAGGAUUUGUGAUAAUCAAGGUGAAGAAGAUGGUACGGCCUUUUCAGCUCCAUUGCCUUUCACAAUGGAAACAAGAAGCACCUUAAUGGACAAGAGGAAAAAGAUGGCUCAUGAUUUAUAG